GCCGGGUCCUCGCGGGUCCUUCCUGCCCUGAGCCGCUCCGCCAGCCGCCUGACACAAACCGAGCGCCGGAGAAAAAAGCUCGAAUCACCGCGAAAUCCUCCAGAAAGCCACCGGGUCGAGAGUGAUGAUGGGCGGGAGGACGAGCGCCAUAGCGGCGGGGCUGUGCGGGGCUCUGCUCGUCGGCUACUGCAUCUACUUCGACAGGAAAAGACGGAGUGACCCCAACUUCAAGAACAGGCUGCGAGAACGGAGAAGAAAGCAGAAGUUGGCGAAAGAGAGGGCAGGCAUGGCAAAGCUCCCAGACCUGAAGGAUGCUGAAGCGGUGCAGAAGUUCUUCCUGGAGGAGAUCCAGCUGGGGGAGGAGCUGCUGGCUCAGGGAGACUAUGAGAAAGGUGUGGACCACCUGACCAACGCCAUCGCGGUGUGCGGUCAGCCUCAGCAGCUGCUGCAGGUGCUGCAGCAGACUCUGCCACCGCCCGUCUUCCAGAUGCUGCUCACCAAACUGCCCAGCAUCAGCCAGCGUAUCGUGAGUGCACAGAGUCUGAGCGAAGACGAUAUAGAGUAAGGAGAGGACCAAGCAGCCCCCGCCCCACCCCCCUCUUCCUCAUCCUCCUCUUCCUCAUCCUCCUCUCCCUGACGUGGACCUCGUCCUUCCAUCAUGACACGCCAACGCCUCGGCCUUCAUCACUUCGGCUGACGUCCAUCACCUCCCGACAAGGCAUCCUAAAGGGACUUCAGUUUUUAUUCCUGGUUUAUCCAUGACAGCUUUUUUUCUUUUAAACUUAUAUUACCCGUUUUGGGGUAUUACAACAUCUCAAUCAGAGAGCCCAGACAAAUUCAGACAAGCUGUCCUCCAUCACUACGUAUGUGCUAACCAACUGGACUGGGUUUUGUUGAAAACAUGAAUGAGCUUCUUCCUUCAGGGUGAUGUAGCACACAUCCUGACAACAUCAAGUACCAGGUUUACUCCGUCUGACGUGUGCGUGUUCCAGCUGUCUCAUUAUAUCAGUAGUAGAAUGUUGCAGGAGCAGGAACGCCCUGUCUGCUUGAAUAUUUAUUGUUUUGGUAUCAGUUGUCUUUCUUUUCAGUCUAGACUUGGAAACACUUUUUAAAAAGUGGUGAAAU